AUGAUUCAACGAGGGCUCCGAGAGCGGCUCCGUGUGCUUCACUGCAGACGCUUUUCUCGGAAUGUGCUGGUGCAUGGUCGCCGCUGCCUGGAAGGAGUGCAGUCAGAGCUCAAGCAGCAGCUUUUGCUGCCGAACGGUGAACUCAGCUCUCAAGUGGAUCUCUGGGCUGCUGGACGUCAGGGGGUCUCAAUUGCACUUCGAGCAGCUGCUCUUUGUGAGCGGCCCUUUCUUUUGCAAUUUGCGACCGCUAAGCAACUGGAGCUCGUGGGGUUUGAGCCACGUGAUUCAAGCAGCGAGACCAAUGACGCCAGGGCAAUGUUUCACCUGACCUUCCUGCAAGCAAGAGAAGCCGAAGCCUUCAAGAAAAGACCAAAGAAGGUCUUGCCAGUGGGUCAGAAGAGCCACCCAAAUUUUAUUCCGUUGGCCAAAGCCAUUGCCACGGAACUUCGGUGGCUUCCAAGCAGAGAGAUCAUUGCUGUCGAAACCCUCCUUCUGGGAAAGGUGAAGAAUACUUACACCCGCACCUUUUCCCUGGCAAGAGCUGUAGCUCAAGCAUAUGAAUGGCAACUGGCCGAUGCUCAAAAAUGUGUGAGACUCUUUCACUGUUGGGCAUUGGAACGAACAGUGGAAGACUUGGAAGUGCACAACACUGGACAAGCAGAUUCCAAGCUCCAAGAGCCCCGCGUCCUGCAAUUGCUUUUGUUACCAGAAGGAGAGCCGCCUCCCCGGCCUGAUGGAAGUCCUGGGAUUCGGAAGCAAGAAGAGACGAAUUAG